AUGCCCUCUGCGUGUACACAGCCGGUUGGCUGCCAUGAAGUCAGAUACAUCCCGCUAUCGUACAACCAUGCUGACUCGCAGGCUUCGGCUUUGAGACUCGUCUUGACUGUCAACCCCCACUGGAAGGAUGCCGAAGGAAGAAUUGAGUUUGUUCGCUUCACAGAUGGCAUUACGAAUACGCUGUUGAAAAUCACGCUGCGGGCGCCUGGCCUGUCUGAUGAGGAGAUUGAUAAGGAGGCCGUAUUGAUGAGAGCUUAUGGAAAUAAUUCUGAAAUCAUCAUAGACAGAGAACGAGAAGCAAGAUCUCAUGCGCUCCUUGCUUCGCGUGGUCUUGCGCCACCACUGCUUGCUCGGUUCUCCAAUGGUCUUCUAUAUCGGUUCAUCCGCGGACAGGUAGCAUCUCCUGAUGAUCUUACUAAACCCGCAGUCUGGCGUGGAGUUGCGCGUAGGCUUGGACAAUGGCAUGCUGCUUUGCCCAUCAGCGAGGCGACCUCCGAUGCAGCCGCCGCAGAUUCCCGAGACGGCGAUUCCCUUUCCCUGGGUUCGGCUGAUUCAGACUCGAAACUGGGUCAGGAAUCGACUGCUGUUGCAGAUGAUAUAACACCAAUUGUCACGAGACUCGAUGGACCAAACCUUUGGUCUACGCUGCAGAAAUGGAUCCUUGCUCUACCCCAGACGACCGAGCAGGAACGCGUUCGACGGAAAAACCUCCAGAAGGAGUAUGAAGGAAUAGUCGCGGAGUUUGAUGACGGGUCAGGCCUAGGCGAAGAAGGGAUGGUCUUUGCUCAUUGCGAUCUGCUAAGCGCAAACGUUAUCAUCCAACCACGACCAAAGCAAUCACCUCUCCCAGAAGGUUUUGCAGAGACUGUUGAUUUCAUCGACUACGAGUACUCCACUCCAUCACCAGCAGCGUUCGACCUGGCAAACCAUUUCGCCGAAUGGGCUGGUUAUGAUUGUGAUUUUACGAGGCUGCCCACACGAUCCGUUCGUCGAGGCUUCCUUGAAGAAUACGUCGAUAGCUUUAGCCAGCAUGACGCUCUCCCCGAGUCCAAGCAGAAAGCGGUUGACGAGCUGUUCGCUGAUGUUGAUCGCUAUCGAGGACUCCCCGGGUUUUACUGGGGCGUAUGGGCUUUGAUCCAAGCAACCAUCUCUAGGAUCGAUUUCGACUAUGCUUCCUACGCGGAAGAGCGUCUUGGGGAGUACUGGGCCUGGAGACGGGAACAGGACGGUUCUCGUGCAAAGGCCGGCGAGAAGAUACCUCUACGUGAGCAGCGAUGGGCUCAAGAGGUCUAA